UGCGUUGCAUUGCUGUCGAAAAUGGCGUCGAGCUCGGAGCUGCUGGAAUAUUCGUCCCCGGUGAAGCGUCGUAAGGUCGACGGCGGCGGCGGCGGCGAUGGCCACGGGAGCAACAGCGCGUCGUCGACGGACCCGCGGCCCGGCGAGACAUCGCGCGACAGCCCGCACGACGAUCUCGAAGGUAUCGAAAUCCGGCUGGGCGGACGCGCGAUCGCGCCUAACGCCACGAAAAUUCGCGGGUGCGUCGCGCGCAAGAUGGCGGCGCUCGGCCGCCUUUCUCGCCCGUCUGCCUUCCGCGUCUCUUCCGUUUCGGUCGCGCGGCCGUCCAACGGCGGCCAUGACAGUCGCGACCGAUCACGUUGGCGAUUUACGUAGCC